AAGCUUGGCUACUACUUCUUCUAGGAGAUCAAAAUCGGCUGCUCCUACUGCUACAGACAAAGAACUUGCACAACUUACAGAAACUUUGAACGAGGUGGUGACUGUUUGCAAAACUGAAUGCAUCUCCGUCCAGCGCGCCUUCUUCCCGGUCGCCCAU